UGUAAACAAGAAUCUGCUGAGGGAUAAGGAAAAAAUAUCUCAAUUUAUUCUUGCACCCUCGUCCUUGCACCGAUGUUUGGUCGGUGAUGUAAAGUCUUGAUUGAGAAGAGCGUAAUAGCUGUAACCAGAACUAUUAAAUACGGAUUCAAAAUAUUCUCCGGGUGGGCUUUGUGGGUUCUUGCCCUCGGAAAAUAUCAUAUAUUUGGGAACUAACCCUGGCUUACUUGCCUCGGAGAAGAGAAUUCAACCUUCAAAGCUGUCUAUUGCAUGUGCACUUCUGGAAAAUAUCCGCGAAUACAAGGACGUAUUUUCGGAAAGUAAUCCUUGGAUCUGCAUCUAUUUCUGUCCCUGUUGCGGCAAUUUAUGGAAAUCCAAAACCAACUGGAUUGGGGAUAUGGUCGCGAACUAAAUACGAACGGAAGAGAUUCUGGUAGGCUCGACCCCAUUUCCCCAUUGGACACUCAUAAUUCCGAAGUGGUGGGAGAGCUAUUUGGCUUCAAUUGAUGGGAUGUCAAAUUGCUGCCUGCCACAUCCAGAAGAGCGAAUACAUAACGUAUUACAGUGCGCUAUCUUCGCCUGUUGUGUAAUUUAGCUGUUUCUACACUCUCCAGUCGGACAUAACUCUCCCCAGUCUUGUAUCUUCCCGCCUAUCAUCAGGUCAUUCAUGUCGACAGCUCUACCGGCCCUACCUACAACUACAAUGCCAAAUUAUGUCCCGUCGGGGGCCUUGCCAGCACCGACAUGGGGAGGAGUACACAUUGUAACGGGAAGCGACAUGAACGGCCUAUUGAACAGCGGACAACAUGCUAUGGGAGGGAUGGGAUUGCUGCAUCAGCAACUUGGCGCGGGCGCCGCGGUGCACCCCGUCCAUAUGAUACCAAAGUCGUUCAUGGCCAUGGAUCCAAUACUGUUCAAUAGUAUCAGCCCAGAUAUGUUAUUUGCUCAUGGACACCAACCGGUUUUCUCAGCGUACGAAUCCCACGAAGUGCAGCACGACAACAUGGGCCAAGACCGCUCGGAUUCGCCGACGCUGUCAUCGAGCUUGAGCGACGAGGCCGGUAAUUCGAUUUCAGGUGAAGGCGGGGAGGGGGCCCUCGGCAUUGAUGAGUUAUUGGAUUUUGGGGAUGGUGUGGAUCACAGCCACCACAUGGGUUAUCAAGAUAAAUCAGAGGAUGGGGGAAACAGGGGACAUGCAAGCACAGAUGCGGGGACUCCUCAUACAUUAGCGCUUGCGGUUUCAUCGGCGCCGCAAAUGUUGUCCAUGGCAGGACCUUCGGGACCAGGAGCCUUUUACUCUACCAUGCCCAACAUGCCCAACAUCCACAUGAUGUUACCCGGAACCAUCCCCUUUCCAGCCCAAUUUGCUUCACCCUAUCUUGGCCCACAUUACAGCCCCGACUCCACCACCACAUCCCCCGCCACCGCCUUUCACUUCUCGCCGGGAAGUGUUCCCGCGUUACCCAAGAAAAUAACACCAGCGACCUCUUCACCCGGUCCUCUGGCUUGCCCAUAUGCAGAUUGUGAUAAAACCUUUGCAAAACCUUUCGCCCUCCGGGCACACGUCAAAUCUCAUGGAGCCGAACGGACAUACCGCUGCGAACUGUGCGAAGCCAGCUUUCGGAGGAGUCAUGAUUUGAAGAGACAUUUUCGGAGCAUACAUACAGUUAUUAAGCCGUUUGGAUGCGAAAGUUGUGGAAAACGGUUCUCCAGAAUGGAUGCCCUUAAGCGCCACGUCUCUCGACAAGGUAGCCCUUGCUACGUUCGUCUUCCCUAACCCAAUAACCCCUCUCAAACAGCCGCUGGAUAGUUGAUUUGGCCGGAAUCCAGUACCUGGCGCGUGCAGCAAAGCGUUGUUCCCUGAUUCUAUUAGGUGCUCUUCCCUUGUUUGCUCCUUUGUAUCUAGAUCAGAUUCCCACUUUGAAAUAUAAGUGGCUUUGAGUAAAAAUGGCUACGUCCUGUUGUUCAAGGUGUCGGAUCUGGACAUCAG